AUGAUGACCAUCUCUUUGAUUUGGGGGAUUGCUGUGGUAGUGUUCUGUUGUAUAUGGGUUAUCUUUGGCAGAAGGAGAAGGAAAGUAGGUGAACCUCCUUUGGAGAAUGGGUUGAUUCCGUACCUGGGCUGUGCUCUGAAAUUUGGGUCCAAUCCUCUUGAGUUCCUGAGAGCAAAUCAAAGGAAGCAUGGUCAUGUUUUCACCUGCAAACUAAUGGGGAAAUAUGUCCACUUCAUCACAAACUCCUUGUCAUACCAUAAGGUGUUAUGUCAUGGAAAAUAUUUUGAUUGGAAAAAAUUUCAUUACACUACUUCGGCGAAGGCAUUUGGACACAGAAGCAUUGACCCAAAUGAUGGAAAUACCACGGAAAACAUAAACAACACUUUUACCAAAACCCUCCAGGGAGAUGCUUUGCAUUCGCUCUCUGAAGCCAUGAUGCAAAACCUCCAAUUUGUCCUGAGGCCUCCUGACCUUCCUAAAUCAAAGAGGGAUGCCUGGGUCACUGAAGGGAUGUACACCUUCUGCUACAGAGUGAUGUUUGAAGCUGGAUAUCUAACUCUGUUUGGCAGAGAUACUUCAAAGCCAGAUACACAAAGAGCACUUAUUCUAAACAACCUUGACAACUUCAAGCAAUUUGACCAAAUCUUUCCGGCGUUGGUGGCAGGCCUCCCUAUUCACUUGUUCAAGACGGCACAUAAGGCCCGGGAACAGCUGGCUGAGGGCUUGAAGCAUGAGAACCUCUCUGUGAGGGACCAGGUUUCCGAACUGAUUCGUCUGCGCAUGUUUCUCAAUGACACGCUCUCCACCUUCGAUGACAUGGAGAAGGCCAAGACACACCUCGCUAUUCUCUGGGCCUCUCAGGCAAACACCAUUCCUGCAACCUUCUGGAGCUUAUUUCAAAUGAUCAGGAGUCCUGAAGCGUUGAGAGCAGCCUCUGAAGAAGUGAAUGGAGCAUUACAGAGUGCUGGUCAAAAGCUCAGCUCUGAAGGGAAUGCCAUUUAUUUGGAUCAAAUACAACUGAACUCACUGCCAGUACUAGAUAGCAUCAUCAAGGAGGCUCUGAGGCUUUCCAGUGCAUCCUUGAAUAUCCGGACUGCUAAGGAGGAUUUUACUCUGCAUCUUGAGGAUGGUUCCUAUAACAUCCGAAAAGAUGACAUCAUAGCUCUUUAUCCACAGUUAAUGCAUUUGGAUCCUGAAAUCUACCCAGACCCUCUGACCUUUAAAUAUGAUCGAUACCUUGAUGAGAACAAGAAGGCAAAGACCUCCUUCUAUAGCAAUGGAAACAAACUAAAGUAUUUCUACAUGCCAUUUGGAUCAGGAGCUACAAUAUGCCCUGGAAGACUAUUUGCUGUCCAAGAAAUCAAGCAAUUUUUGAUUCUGAUGCUUUCGUACUUUGAACUGGGACUUGUGGAAAGUCAUGUCAAGUGUCCUCCUCUAGACCAGUCCAGGGCAGGCCUGGGGAUUUUGCCACCAUUAAAUGAUAUUGAGUUUAAAUAUAAACUGAAACAUCUGUGA